AUGAAGGUUGCCACUAAUGGGAUUAUCGCAGUGAAUGAACCUUCAAGUGAAGAAAAAUAUCUCGGCCAAUUCCCAGUCAGUUUUGGGGCUAUUGCUCCUUUUAUGGCUGACCUGGACACAACAGAUGGACGUGGAAAUGUGUAUUACAGAGAAGAUUCAUCCUCAGAUGUCUUGCAACUUGCGUCAGACUAUAUAAAAAGAGGUUUUCCUGAGACUACUUUUGAUCCCAGCAGUGUUGUCAUUGUUACCUGGAAGCUCGUGGCUCCUUACCAGGCACCGGGAGCAGAUCAUGCUUUGGAAGAAAAGAGAAACACAUUCCAGGCUGUUUUAGCCUCUUCUGACUCCGGUUCCUAUGCUAUUUUCCUUUAUCCAGAAGAUAGUUUGCAGUUCUAUAGUACAUACUCCAAGAAUGAUGAUGGAAAGAUUCCUGCUAUGGUUGGCUUUAGUCAAGCCUCUACAAACUAUUACUUUUGGGAAAAGCCGGGAUCCUACAAUGUCAUUGCUAAUGAUGAAGACAGCAUCAGAAACCUGCACAAAAGCAGCAAUGCUGGGAAACAAGGUGUCUGGGUGUUCGAGAUUGGUAGCUCAUCUGACAGUAUUGUGCCUGCCAAGAUCAGCAACGUUUUGGAGAGCCUAGAGUCCAAUCAACAAGACCAGAAGAUGACUUCAAAACCAUUUAUGGCGGACUAUGGUUCCACUGAAAUGAGGCAGCAGUAUGUCACCAGUAGUACAGAGAGCACAGAAGAGGAUCAGCACCACGUUACGUAUAGUGUUCCUCAGCUAGCUGCAGAAGACUUUCUGACUUCAUACCAAGAUGUAACAGGAACACCUUCGACUGAGUCUUUUUACAGUCAUCAAGAUUUCCCAACAGCAAAAGCUCCACCUCGCCAGUUCCAGGUCCAGCAGUUCCCCCCACAGCAACCCCAAGUCAUAGAUGUGGAAGAAUUUGAUGAAACUGGUAUAGUGUUUCGCUACCACACAGAUGUCCAACAGACCUGUGCUAACAACCGCCACCAGUGCUCUGUUCAUGCGAUUUGCAAAGAUUAUCCCAAUGGAUUUUGUUGCAGUUGUAUUGCUGGUUACAAAGGAAAUGGCAGACAAUGUGUAGCAGAAGGUUCUCCUCAGAGAGUCAACGGGAAGGUCAAAGGAAGAAUCUUUGUAGGAAAUAACCCCGUUCCAGUUAUAUUCGAGAACACUGAUCUCCAUUCCUAUGUUGUGAUGAACCAAGGGCGUGCCUACACCGCUAUCAGCACAAUCCCAGAGACUUUGGGGUAUUCGUUACUGCCUCUUGCCUCUAUUGGAGGUAUCAUAGGAUGGAUGUUUGCUGUGGAACAGCAAGGAUAUAAAAAUGGAUUCAGUGUUACUGGUGGCGAGUUUACACGGCAAACUGAAGUAACUUUUCUUGGCAACAAGGAGAAGCUGGUUGUAAAGCAGAGAUUCAGUGGCAUUGAUGAGCAUGGUCACCUUACCAUCAGCACAGAAAUGGAGGGCAGAAUACCUGAGAUCCCAUCUGGUGCAUCAGUCCAUAUAGAACCAUACACUGAACUCUAUCACACUUCUAGUUCUGUGAUCACUUCAUCAUCCACCAGGGAGUACACAGUGACAGAGCCAGAAAGGGAUGGGGUUGCUUCCACGUACACGGGCGCCUAUCAGUGGCGACAGACCAUCUCGUUUGAUGAAUGCAUUCAUGACGACUCUCACCACGCUGCUGCUGCUACACAGCAGCUCUCAGUGGACAGUGUGUUUGUCCUGUAUAACCGAGAUGAGCAGAUUCUGCGAUAUGCUAUGAGUAAUUCCAUCGGCCCAAUCAGUGAUGGUUCUGCUGAUAUUAACCGGAAUCCUUGCUACACGGGUACCCAUAACUGUGACACCAAUGCGAUAUGUCGUCCAGGAACUGGAAAUCGUUUUGUGUGCGAAUGUUCGAUUGGCUUCCGUGGAGAUGGAAAAGCUUGUUAUGAUGUUGAUGAAUGCUCAGAGCAACCAGCUCUAUGUGGCAGCAAUGCAGUCUGCAAUAACCAGCCAGGAACCUACCGCUGCGAGUGUGUUGAAGGAUACCAGUUUGCAGCAGAUGGGCGGACUUGUGUUGAUGUAGAUGAAUGUCAAGAGGGCCACUGUCAUCCAGAUGCUUUCUGCUACAACACUCCUGGGUCCUUCAGCUGCCAGUGUAAGGCAGGUUAUCGUGGGGAUGGUUUCCGGUGUGUGUUAGGAGAAGUUGAAAAGACCAAAUGCCAGCAUGAACAAGAAGUAGCUCUUGGAAGUGGAGGCACUUUCUUCCCAAGGGAGAUAAGAGUUGGUCACUUCAUUCCCCAGUGUGAUGAGCAUGGGCAUUACCUACCCACUCAGUGCCAUUCUAGCAGUGGAUAUUGUUGGUGCGUGGAUAGGGACGGAAAUGAGAUUGAUGGCACCAGAAGCGGCCCAGGAGUUCGACCACCGUGUCUGAGCACAGCUGCUCCUCCUGUUGUUAUUGGGCCCUCUGUUCGACCAGAUACAGUACCUCUGCCGCCAGGAACGCACUUGCUCUUUGCCCAAAGUGGCAAAAUUGAGCAUGUUCCAUUAGAGGGAAACAGCAUGAAGAAAAAUGGUGCAAAAGCACUCUUGCAUAUUCCAGACAAAGUUGUUAUUGGAGUUGCUUACGAUUGCACGGACAAGAUGGUUUAUUGGACAGACAUCAGUGGCCCUUCGAUCAGCAGGGCUAGCCUGCAUGGUGGAGAACCAACAACCAUCAUCAAAACAGACUUGGGAAGCCCUGAAGGGAUAGCUGUAGAUCACCUAGGUCGCAACAUCUUCUGGACUGACUCUCAACUGGAUAGAAUAGAAGUGGCUAGGCUGGAUGGGCGCCAGCGUCGCAUCCUUUUUGACACUGGCCUGGUGAACCCCAGAGCAAUUGUUGCAGAUCCUAUGAGAGGAAACUUGUACUGGACUGACUGGAACAGAGAAGCUCCUAAAAUUGAAACCUCAUACAUGGAUGGCACAAACAGAAGAAUCCUUGUUAAAGAUGAUCUUGGGUUACCAAAUGGGCUGACAUUUGAUCCUUAUUCCUCAAUGCUGUGCUGGGUAGAUGCAGGUACCAAGAGGCUGGAAUGCAUGAACCCUAAUCAGCUUGGUCGACGAAAGAUUGUUGAAGGAAUUCAGUAUCCUUUUAGUGUUACAAGCUAUGGGAAGAAUCUAUAUUACACAGACUGGAGAAGGGAUGCUGUUGUAGCAGUGGAUCGCACAAUUUCAAUAGAAAAGGAUAACUUCCAGCCUCACAAGCGCUCCCGUCUCUAUGGAAUUACUACAGCCUUUGCUCAGUGCCCAGGAGGACAUAACUACUGUACAGUGAAUAAUGGUGGUUGUACUCAUCUCUGCUUGGCUACCCCAGGAGGCCGUUCCUGCCGCUGCCCUGACAACACAGUUGGAGUGGAUUGUAUAGAAAGAAACUGAGCAUUAAAAUAAGCUUUAGAGCAGCAGACACCUUUCGGAAAUGUGCUGUAAACAAUUCACUCCUAUCAACACAAUCAGGCCCUAAAGAUAAGUGCUCCAUGCUGCUGACAGCAAGCCACAAUGCACAUAUGCAGACACACACACACACACAGAGGCAAUGACUGUUUUGUAGCAGUUAGGCAAGACAGAGCUGCCCAGGUUGCGUCCAGCUGCAUCUUGUUCCUUGUAAUGUUAGCUCUUUGCUUUUAAAGGUAAAUGUGGAGGCCUUAGUUGCACCUGUGCUGGGCUAGGAGGAAGUGUCUCUUGGCAAAAUUAAAGUAACAAAUACCUAACAGAGUAAAGAGGAUGGCAUGACUCAAAUCCUGAGACUGGGUUGCACCUUGGAGCAUGCAGCAGUUAUCUGCAUAGUGGCGUGCUCAGCCCAUCAUAUAUGCGGCUGGGCCAUAUCUCUAGCUGAGAAGCAACCAGGGGGUCCCAAGGAUGAACAGAUGUGGGUGGGAACACCCAGUAAUAUCACAGAUCUAAUGCCUAACUGCAUUCCUUCCCACUACCAGUCCUUCCACUUCCAAAACUUGAAUCUCAACUUUUGACUCUUGUAUUACGGAAAUACUUUAUCCAUGUGCUGUGAGGGUAGUUCUCACCCUGGCUCAUGUGAUCCUUUCCCACAGCAUGUGAUUCUUUAUAGAUAAUCAGCACUGCUUAAUGGAUGUAUUUGAAGUUUUUGCUGGAUUUUGAGAUUUAUUUUUUCUUCUGUCUGGGAUGGAUUCCUGAGUAGUUUCCUAAAAUCCACUAAACAAACUUUAGAUAUAGAUCUCAAUUGCUGAUAGUUCAUCAAAGAAUGGAUGUUGAUUCAUUUGGAGGUGUUCAGUUUUAGAGAAACACAGUCACAUUUGUUUCCUGAGAGCUUUUAAAAUAGUAUUUCUAUGUUUGAUUCUGUAAGCCUGAAAGAGGUCUUUGAAUCCUGUCCUAGACAUCUUUCUUCUUUAGCAAACCAUGCCAUGCCUCUUCUUAGGCCAUGAGAAACUAUGGCAGUUAAAAACCUGAUUUCCAGAAAGGUCGCCUGUGUCUUGGUGCUUAAAAGAAAAAAGAUGGUGAUGCCCCAUUUGUGUGCCAAUGUUCAGUAAGAGCAAAAAGGUGUGCUGAAAAUCAAAGCAGUAAGUUUGGAGUGGGGAAGGAAAAUCAAAAUGCAUAUUCUUAUGUCAGAUUAGCAGUACAAAUCUGGGAGUGAAGUUUGGCUUCCACACUGUCUGUUGGGAAGGAAGCUUACCUGCAAGGCAACCUGCAGCAGCAGAAAAAAACAGGGCUUGUGAGCCUUCUGCCAGAACACAUUUUACAAUGUCAUGAUCAGAGCAGUAGGCUAACAUCCCCAUUUCCUCACUCCCUCUUCAGACACUACAGUAACAGUUUUAAACAGAGCCAAUUGAGUCUUAACUGUGUGACAUCUUCCUCUUUAAUUGUAUAUUUAUCAUAAAAUAACAAACCAUAUAAACAUUUUAAAGAUUUUUUUAAAAUAACUUUUUAUAACUUUUAAUUCAUUUUAUUCAUACACGUAAUCAGGUAUGUCUUACUGUAAAUAUCAAAAAUGUGUUGAAAUGAAGGUGCUUGAUAACUCUUUCUCCAGAAUUAUUCACUUAUCUGGUGAAAUAUUAAAGUUUACACUCUGUACAGGUAUCUACAGUACAGUCAAUAAAGCUUUUUGGUUUUUAUU